CUUUUUGCGUAGUCUCCACCUCGCAAGUUGUUCAUUGUACGCCAACUGGCAUAGCAGCACCACCCUGGAAGUAGCCUACACCGACACAGCCAUCGACAGACAAGAUGGACAAACGCAGGAUAACACAAGAGACCUUCGAUGCUGUUGUCAGGGAAAACAUUGAGGACUUCGAUAUGGAUGCUGAGGAUGCGUUAAAGGAGGCAAUUGAGCAGUUCGAUUCGCAAGGUGUGGAUCUCAGCAACAUCGUGAAGGAAGUGCCUACAGCGUCUGACGACGCAGGGGGAGAUCAGGUGCACGAGGUCCUUCAGGUGCUGGAAUCACUGAGGAUCGCAGCUAUGUCACCUGCACAGGAAACAGAUAUCACCAAUGACCUGAAGUGUUUUGCCGAACAGUGCUCUCUUGGCUUUGCCCAAAGACACUUAGCAGCCCAGAAGGAUGCAUAUCCAACCAUACUCUCCUGUUGUCAGAAAUCACUGGACGACACUGCAUCCCUGCUGUGUGCCCUUUCUGCCCUUUCAACUUUGACAGACGGGCAGCCUGACCUGCUGGAUGCGAAGGGAAGUGACCUCCUGAUGAAGGUGCUGCAGGUGCAUGAGGAGGAUCCCUCUUUAACGUGUGUAGCGGUGCGUGCGGUUCGGCACUGUUGUCUGAAGCACGAGCAGAACCGCCAGGACUUGGUGAAGGCAGGUGUGUUGGCUUUGCUUGCUAAAGCAAUAAAACGCCACACUGGAAAUGCUGAGGUGGUGAGAGAGGCCUGUGCUGCUCUCAGGAUAAUGACCUUCGACGAUGAUGUCCGCGUGCCUUUUGGACGUGCUCAUGAACAUGCCAAAAUGAUCGUCUUGGAACACAGCGGCUUGAAAGUUAUAAUUGACGCCGCCAAAGAACACCCUCAGAAUACUUCCGUUCUGAGUGAACUAUGUGCUACACUGUCUCGACUUGCUGUGAGGAAUGAGUUCUGUCAAGAUAUAGUGGACCUAGGAGGCCUUAAGUUUUUAAUGAGUCUGCUAGCAGAUGGCUUGGAUCGCCAGGAUCUUGUAAGGCAGGUUUUGAGUGCCAUAAAAGCUAUAGCAGGAAACGAUGAUGUCAAAGAUGGUGUGGUAAACGCUGGAGGAGUAGAACUUAUCGUCCUGGCAAUGAACCGACAUAUGGCAAAUGCACAGGUGUGUGAGCAAGGCUCUGCAGCCAUGUGUGUUCUGGCAUUGCGGAAAUCCAACAACUGCAAAGUGAUCAUGGAGAAUGGUGGUGCUCUUGCAGCAAUUCAGGCUAUGAAGUCCCAUCCAGGGGAAGUCAAUGUGCAGAAACAGUCUUGCAUGCUGUUGAGGAACUUGGUCUCCCGGACCAAAGACUUCAACCAGCCAAUCCUAGAGAUGGGUGCCGAAGGUCUGAUCGGUCAAGCUCUCGCCAGCCACAGGGAUUGUGGAGAUGUGGGUAGAGCUGCACUUAGAGACCUCGGAUGUAAGGUUGAGCUGCGAGAGCUGUGGACAGGCGAGAAAGGUGAACUCUUGCACUGAAAAAAAGAGAGCUCAGAGGACUGUCAAAUGGAUAACAGACAACGAACACUAUCACAAGGAGUUGUAAGAUGAUUCCCACAUAUCCACACUUGAGUGUCACACCAUGGCACUGUGGCCUAUAGAAAACACAAAUGUAGAAUGUUAGCUGUGAAUGGUCAAUGAGGAGAUUCCUACAGUUUACCCUGUCUAACUUUAUUUAACUUUUCUGUUGUUCUUUUGUCUUUUGAAAAGUUGAACAUCUCUUUUUUUUACUUUGCGUUUUUAGGUUGUUUUGUGGAAAACUUCUAAUUCAUUACAGAUACUGCUGAUAACUUUUUGGUUGAGCACUUUUUAAUUAUUUUCUAAAAUUGUCCUUAUGUUCUGCCAUGCUAUUUUUUACAGCAUUGCUCUUGCCUUAAUUCCAAAACCUGGAGCUCUCCUCAUGUAAUCACUGUAGCUCGUCCAACCAAAUCAUUCCUGCAUGUUCCACAUUUAAUAAAAUUGCCCUACAGAUACCAAA